CCCAACAUCCCCCUCUCCCUUCCCUAGGAUGGGAAUCCAUGGCCUGGCCAAGCUCAUUGCCGACGUGGCUCCCGGAGCCAUCCGGGAGAACGACAUCAAGGCCUACUUUGGCCGGAAAGUGGCCAUCGAUGCCUCCAUGAGCAUCUACCAGUUCCUGAUCGCGGUGCGGCAGGGAGCUGACGUGCUGCAGAACGAGGAGGGGGAGACCACCAGCCACCUCAUGGGCAUGUUCUACCGCACCAUCCGCAUGGUGGAGAACGGCAUCAAGCCUGUGUACGUGUUCGACGGGAAGCCACCGCAGCUGAAGUCUGGGGAGCUGGCCAAGCGCACGGAGCGCCGCGCCGAGGCGGAGAAACACCUGCAGGAAGCGCAGGAGGCCGGAGAGGAGGAGAACAUCGAGAAGUACAGCAAGAGGCUGGUCAAGGUGACGCAGCAGCACACCCAGGAGUGCAAGAAGCUGCUGACUCUGAUGGGCAUUCCCUACGUGGAGGCGCCCGGGGAGGCCGAGGCCAGCUGUGCCGCCCUGGUGAAGGCUGGGAAGGUGUAUGCCGCUGCCACGGAGGACAUGGAUUGCCUCACCUUCGGCAGCCCCGUGCUGAUGCGGCACCUCACCGCCAGCGAGACCAAGAAGCUGCCCAUCCAGGAGUUCCACCUGAACCGCAUCCUGCAGGACCUUCAGUUGACCUGGGAGCAGUUUGUGGAUCUGUGUAUCCUGCUGGGCUGUGACUACUGUGCCAGCAUCCGUGGCAUCGGGCCCAAGCGCGCCGUGGAGCUGAUCCGGGAGCACAAGUCCAUCGAGAACAUCGUGCAGCAGAUCGACACCAAGAAAUACCCCCUGCCUGAGAACUGGCUGCACAGGGAGGCUCAGAGGCUCUUCCUGGAGCCUGAUGUGGUCGAUGCUGAUGCCGUGGAGCUGAAGUGGAGUGAACCAGAUGAGGAGCAGCUGGUGCAGUUCAUGUGUGGGGAGAAGCAGUUCAAUGAGGAGCGGAUCCGGAACGGCGCCAAGAGGCUGAGCAAGAGCCGGCAGGGAAGCACUCAGGGACGGCUCGAUGACUUCUUCAAGGUCACAGGAUCCAUCACCUCGGCCAAGCGCAAGGAGCCGGAGCCCAAGGGAUCGGCCAAGAAAAAAGCCAAGACCAACUCCACCGCCAAGGCCAAUGGCACAAAGGCUAAAACGGGGAAAUAACCAGACUGGGUGACCCCAGACCUCUGAGAAUGGAUUCUUUGGGGCUCAGGGAGGAAUUUUAGGCUAAUAACUAACAGUUUCAUGUCUGUGCUGUGCAUUAGUGCUGGGAAGGGAUAGAUGAGGUCAGGAGUGAGGAGAGCUGAACCAGCUUCUGGGCACAAACACUCCCAGAUUUAAGGAUU